GUUCUUUCGUGGCGCGGAGCAUGUGUCCGGCGGGUCGCAUAAGGUGUGACGCGGCAUCCUAGCGCUGCGUUUCCGGUGUCGCGUCUGCUAGGCUGGUCCUCAAGGUGUGGAGAAGCGGGCAGUUCCUUUCCUCAGCAGUGGUGGCGCCUCCCGAGUCCCGAAAUGCGUGUUAGAAGAUCACUGAAAUUGAAUGAUCAGUUAGACGAAAAUUCAUUUGGUCCUUCAAAAAUCAGAAAGAAGAGAAGUAUUACAGCUUACUCUCCAACAACUGGAACUUGUCAGAUGAGCCCAUUUUCUCCUACAAGCUCUGAAAAAAAGGACCAUACAAAUAGUCCAGCAAAUGGAAAGAGAAAAAAAUUGGAUUACCUCACUUUGGCAGAAAGAAAGGAAUGUCCACCAAAUGACGAUGACGAGUUUAUGGUCCUGUUCUCUAAAGCUGAGAGAUCUGCAGAAAAAAUCACGGAGACGAUGCAGAGCCUAAGGAGCUUACAGGCUUUAAAGGGCAACAAGGAGUUUGAAAAUCUCAUUGGUGCCUCUUGUGCAUCACGUUUCUUAAGAGGAGAAAUAAAGAAAACCAAAGAACUAUUGACAAAAGUAACAAAACAAAAACUGUUGGAAAAGAAAAGUUCAGAACUUCCUCACAAAGAGUUAUGUCAUCUUGACAGCUACGAAUUCCUUAAAGCCAUUUUAAGCCAAGGGUGCACUGCCACCAGCACCGAUGCCUCUCUCCACAACUCCCAGGCCAGUGGAGAGUGCAGGGAUACAACAGAGCAAUAACGAGACAUGCGGCACCUGGCAGCUUCACCUCCAGUCCAUGCCACCCCAGCCCUCCCUCACCUGGGGCUCCACAGUGGUCACCAUCCAUGUCAGUGACACCAGCUACUUUUAAAGGUCACUUUACAGACCAGAGGGCUCACGUACCCACUCUGAGCAAGCCUGUGCAGAGACACCCCUGUCACCUGCAGGCUGGCCCCACUCCCUGCCUGGGACAGCCUGGCCGGCUGUCCCCAGCCCCGCUCAUGCCUGACGCCAGCUGCUGGAUCACAUGGCCUGAGGAGUCUCAUUGAACUGUAGAAGAACCAAAACCUGAAGGUGCAAGGAACUCACCAGGGCAAAUCGGAAGCCCCUCAGAGAGGGACGCAGCGUUAGCUUUACACAGGCAGGAAGCACGCUCAAAAGUGUGAUGAGAAAGCUAGAAAAAGAACAAAGUACAUCAUGUUGUUUGCAGAGGUAUAAAUGCAGCUAGAACAUUUUUAAAAUUUAAAGAUUGCAUUUAAAGAUCAACUUAACUUCAUUUCCAGUAAGUUUUACUUAGUCUAAAUGACAUGUAAGUAUCUGCACCAAAACACACUCACUUUUAUGUGAAAGAACUGUAACACUGAACACCACUUACUUUACACUUAUGACCAGAGAAUGUACCAGAUCAGCACUCAGUGACAAAACCUCUGAGCACAGCGUUCGUGAGCCUCCCUCAAAGCUGCUGGCCGCAGGGCACCACAACUGCCUGUGCAGGCCCAGGGCGCUGUAGGAGAAGCCGAGGAGGGACCCACAGCCCAGGUAAGGUGGCUGCAGUUCCGUCCGGCUCAGUCCUGUCCUGCCUGGCCAGGCUCAGCUGAGACCCUGAGGCACCAGCCUGCUACUGAGCCCGCAAGGCGCUUGCUGCAGGAAGACCCAGCCUAGGGCACGGCUGCCUCCUGCAGUCCCCAGCACCUCCCGAUGGCGGCCUGCCCAGCACCACAGCACGCACGCAGGCAACUCUGUGACAGUCACACGCGCACACGCAUGAGUGAGCACCAACACAGUUACCUCCCACUCGUUCCACUUUUCUGGCUGACACUUUGUGACUACCCGUUGUGAUUAUAGCUGCUGGUUGACAUGAAGCCCCACUCAGCACCGUCUCCCCUCUCUGGGGAGGGGAGAGCUGGGGCACUGGCUCCCCUGGGUGGGUCUGAGCAGAGCCCCAGGGCACACAGGAGGUUGCUGGAGCCAUGCAGUUACCUGAUGAGAAUCUGGGUGUCACGCAGCAGCAGGUCCUUCACCUUCACAAAGACACUGAGGCUGCACCAGACGUUGGCUACCUUGUCCUUAAAAGAGAUUUGUGGGGUUUGCAUUUUGGUGCGAUUCACAGAACUGAGAGCCCAUGAGCCCACAAAGUGUGUGUGGCCUCAGCCUCUAAGCUUCUGAGACAGGUGACGCAUGUGUGGCAGCAGAGUGAGCUCUUGAAGCUACAGACUGGCACACUAUAACCCACACCUUUGGGCAUUCAGCGUUUUUCUAUAGCGGGGGUUCGUCAGCUGGCCGUUACCAGACUUGCCAAGAAAUACUGGUAGUUUUGAAAGAGCGGCACACUAUCCCUAAACACUGAACUUACUCCUUUGGAAAUUUUGUUAAGAAACCAUUCAUCCCCUUCUUCCUAUGACACCUAUUACAUUGGACCUUUCUCCUCACACACUGAAAUGAUUAUUAAUUUUAGGGGUCCCCUACUGGGUGCCAGCAAUGACCAGUGCUAAGACGUUUAAAAACCUCAGCAGUUGUGCUAGGAUAACUUUCAAAUUUAAAUUAGCAACUAUAGCUCGCCUGCUUGUAAACCUAUGGUCUAACACGGGUGCUGACACCAAGACCUGGUUAUCCCUGACACCUGGCCCAGCCCUCCUACACAGGUCACAGGGGUGUCCUCAGACUCUUGGAGACAGCAUGUCUGCACCAUCUCAGUCUCCGUGUCAGCACCCUGUGUGUGGAGAGGAGGGGACACUGUCUCCCGAGGUGAAGCAGGGGUGAUAAAAGAGGCUCAGACAAUAGCUCUGCCUCUGCUCCUGAUGGGGCUCAGCCUGGGUGCACUCUGUAAACCCCAGGGGACUGAAGACCCUCAGCCAAUAGGGCUUGCCCUCCUGAAAGCCACCAAGAGCCACUAGGGAUAUGUGUGCUCCCAAUUAGAAAGAUACUCGGGCUCUUCAAAUUCUCUUCAAAAAGAAAUGUUAUUCAAAGGCAAAUUAUCUACAAAUAUGUUGUCUCUGCCUAACUUUAUUAAAUGGCCUUUUUGUUUCAGAAAAAUGGUUUGUUAAAUUACUAAAUCUAAGUGAUCAAAUUAUUCACAUAAUAAAAGUUUAACAAGAGCAAUUAAAAUAGCA